AUGGCUACCUCUUUCGUCCUCGGCUUUGCGGCCGCGGCGCUCGUGCUGCAUAUCAUCCGGCUGCUGUUCGUCUCGUGGCAGCAGCUGCGCAAGGCCAAGAGCUUGGGUUGUGGGGCCGUGCCGCUGUACCCAUGUAAGGACCCGCUGGGAAUCGGCAACCUUAAGGCGUCGCUCGCCGCCGACCGCGAGAACACCCUCCCGGAGCUGGCUGAGGAUCGUGUGACGGUCAUUAGCAAAAAGGAAAACCGUUACGUCACAACCUUCGUCCUACGCAAUCUUGGCCGCAACAAUAUCUUCACCAUCGAUCCGCAGAACAUUCAGGCACUGCUGGCGACUCAGUUUAAAGAUUUCGAGCUUGGGGCGGCUCGACGCGUGAGCCUGCACCCACUGCUGGGCACCGGAAUCUUCACGGCUGACGGCGAGGAAUGGUCGCGGUCUCGCUCGUUGCUACGCCCCCAGUUUACCCGCGAGCAGAUCAGCCAGCUGGAUCUAGAGGAAGACCAUGUUCAGAAGGCGAUGAAGGCACUGCCCGUGGCGGCGAAUGGGUGGACCGCCAGCACCGAUAUCCAGACGAUCUUCUUCCGACUAACCAUCGACUCCGCUACGGAGUUUCUGUUUGGCGAAAGUGUGGAAAGCCAGAUGGGUGCGUUGCACGGCCUCAACCGGCCCGAGGAUGAGUUCGCUUCAUUCUUUGACCACUCUCAGUGGGUUGCGGCCCAGCGGGCCCGAUUCGAGAAGCUCUCCUGGAUUGUCGACAAUAAGAAAACCCGCCAUUCGGACAAGCAGGUGCAUGAGUUUGUGGACAAAUUUGUUAAUAAUGCGCUGGCUGCCGUAAAAACUGGAAAGAAGGCCUCCGUGGACAAGGAGAAGCCCACGGGCUACGUCUUCCUAGAUGCCCUAGUCUCCAUGACACAGGACCCGCUCGAGGUUCGCUCGCAACUCUUGAACAUUCUCCUGGCUGGUCGCGAUACCACCGCUUCCCUACUUAGCUGGACCAUCCUGAUGUUGGCGCGCCACCCUGUUGUCUUCCGCAAGCUACGUGAAACGAUCAUCUCCGAGUUUGGCACCUACUCUGCGCCCCGGAAUAUCACCUUCGCCACCCUCAAAUCCUGCCAGGACCUGCAGUAUUGCAUGAACGAAACCCUGCGUCUCUAUCCGGUCGUCCCCUUUAACCGGCGCUCUGCCAUCCGUGACACCUCCCUCCCGCGCGGCGGUGGCCGCGACGGUCUUUCCCCUAUCUUCAUCCGGAAGGGACAACACAUCAUGUACAGCACGCACGUCAUGCACCGCCGCAAGGACCUCUGGGGCCCGGAUGCCGAUGAGUUCAAGCCCGGGCGCUGGGCUAACCGCAGGGCGGGCUGGGAGUACAUCCCCUUCAACGGCGGGCCUCGCAUCUGUAUUGGUCAGCAGUUCGCACUUACGGAGGCUGGCUACGUCCUUGUUCGUCUAUUGCAGCGCUUUGAUCAAAUCGAGGACGUCAAUCCGGACUGGCAGAUCCGCUGCGGUUUGGCGCUGACAAGCUCCCCGGCGGAGGUAGUGACGGUCCGCCUGCACGAGGCAACGGAUGCUUCAGUAGGGAACUAA